AUGGUCGGUGAAGUUUACAUCUCAAAUGGAUUAAGGAAGAUACGGCCAUAUUAUAGUACGAGAUCAUCAUAUGCGAAGGGACGUUGGUUAGGAAAACCCUUAUUAGAAAUUCUUGCAAACGAGUUUAGAGCACAUUCAAAAGAGUAUUACUUAAAUCAGAUAAACUUGGGCCAUUAUAGACUUCUCAGGGAUGGAUGUACUUUAGAACCUUGCCAAGUAUUGAAUACUCUUAUCGAAAAUAAAGAUAUAAUGGUAUCAAUGUCUCAUAAACAUGAAGCACCUGUGAAGCAAUGGUGUGAGUUGGAAAUGGAAAAUCAGGACCUACCCAAUAGAGUUGCAGGGUUUGAGAUUAUCUAUGAAGAUCAAGAUAUAUUAGUUAUUAAUAAACCAGCGGGAAUUCCCGUCCAUCCGACAGGUCAAUUCUAUCAGAAUACGAUAACUGAAAUAUUAAAACUCCAUGGGAAGAUUGCCCUACCUUGUUAUAGACUAGAUAAAAUAACUUCUGGUCUCUUAAUUAUGGCUAAGAAUGCUCAAACUGCUGGUAAAAUACAAGAGAGAAUACGAUCAAGAGAUAUGACGAAAUUGUAUUUAGCGAGAAUCCAAGGCAAGUUUCCCAAGCUAGUCGAUAAUCCUCUUGAACCAAUCGUUCCUUUCACUGAUCCAUCUUUGGUUACCGAAGUAGAAUCUGACAUCUAUACAAUUGAACCUAAAAAAAAAUUUCCUACAGGUUUAUCGCCGUCGAGAACUGCAAAGACCUUGUUUUAUCCUAUAUCCUACUUUCCAAUGGAUAAUUCCAGUUUAGUUGCAUGUCGGCCAUUGACCGGUCGAACACAUCAAAUCAGAAUACAUUUGGCAAGAUUAGGGUACCCGAUCGUAAAUGACACAUUAUACAAUAAGACAAAAGUGAAGUAUCCGAAGAGAUUGGAAUUUAUGAUACAACAUCAGAAUUGGGAAAAUUCUGGUUUGACGGAGAAUAAGUUGGCGGAAGAAUUUUUAAACUUGAUAGCAGAAUCCAAUGAGGUUUUCGCCAAUAAGAAACGACAGACUGUGCAUUACAAAAAAUGUGAAGAAUGUGGAAGUUUAGAAAUGGAUGACCCGUUAACUGAAGAAUUGGAGUUGUGGCUGCAUUCGUGGAAAUACCAUGAUCAUCAGAAUACAUUCUCAUAUGAAACAGACUUUCCAUCAUGGGCACGAUCAACGUAG